CCUGCUGGAACCCCUCAUAUUCCCCAUAUCAUAAGGGGGGUACACAGUGUGGAAUUUGUUUUGAGACAGGGUCUCACGAAGCUCAGGCUAAUCUAGCAGAUCCUCCUGCCUCCACCUCCAGAGUGCUGGAAUUGCAGGCAUGCGUCCCCACCAGGAAACCUGUGUAAAGUAGCGCUUUUAGCACAACACCUCGACACGGCCGCUCUCCACCAAAUGCUUUCUAUUGUAAUCACUCAACACGCCAGGGUAUGGGAAGUGGGCCCGACGCCCUGCAGAGGGAACUCUGGAACAGGUCCGGGCUCGUGGGCGCUUUUCGGAGUCCAGGGCGACUGGGCCUCAGGCCCUGCCUGCGGUCCGGUCCGCAGGUGUUCUCCAUCGCGGUGUUCGGACCCAUUGUCAACGAGGGCUACGUGAACACCGACAGCGGUCCAGAGCUGCGCUGCGUCUUCAACGGGAACGCGGGAGCCUGUCGCUUCGGCGUCGUGCUGGGCCUCGGGGCCUUCAUCGCCUGCGCCGCCUUCCUGCUGCUGGACGUGCGCUUCCAGCAGAUCAGCAGCGUCCGCGACCGCCGCCGCGCCGUGCUGCUGGACCUGGGCUUCUCAGGGCUCUGGUCUUUCCUGUGGUUCGUGGGCUUCUGCUUUCUCACCAACCAGUGGCAGCGCACCGCGCCCGGGCCAGGCACCACGCAGGCGGGGGACGCGGCGCGGGCCGCCAUCACCUUCAGUUUCUUCUCCAUCCUCAGCUGGGUGGCGCUCACCGUGAAAGCCCUACAGCGGUUCCGCCUAGGCACCGACAUGUCGCUCUUUGCCACCGACCAGCUGGGCACCGGGGGGACACAGGCCUAUCCGGGCUACCCAGUGGGCACCGGCGUGGAGGGCACCGAAACCUACCAGAGCCCGCCCUUCACCGAGACACUGGACACCAGCCCCAAAGGGUACCAGGUGCCGGCCUACUAGUCAGUGUUAGGCUCGUGCCAGGGCUGAAAGGCCACCCCACCACGCAGGCCUCAAGGCCUCCUGGAACCUCCCCUCAGGUCCCACAGGCCCAGUGCCAGGGACAGAGAAAGUGGCCACUGUGGGCCUUUGGGGCCAAGGUCGGUAGCCUCCCUGGGAUGCUUGGACUGUCCCUACCGAGUUCCCUCAGCAGGAGACAACACAGCCUGGAGUGGACUGGCCCUGAAGUGGCCUUCCUUCAUGGUCCAACAAACCUGGGCCUCACUGCUCCACUCUGGGGAUAGACGUCCAGCUGCCUUCCAGGCAGGGUACAGGCACAGGCGCUGCCCAGGACCGGGGACAGGGACAUUAAUGACACCCUGAAGUGGGGGUUUUGGUCCUUGUUCCCCACCCCCCGUCCCUGUACUUAGUGACUGCCCUGGCUCCUAUCUUGGUGAGCCAUCCUGUCUAGAGCCCCUUCACUAAACCGUGCAGGCUCUGUAGAGCAGCCUGGCCCUGUCAGUGUUGUGAUUGUGGUUGUCUUCAAGUCUCAUCCCAUAGUGCUCCACAAGCUGCCCUGUCUGUGUGGCCCCUGGCCCAGAUGUGAGGUGGUUCUGGCCAAAAAAGUAUCAACAGCUAUGGGCCUGAGCCCCAGCCCUUCAGUAAGAUCUUCCCAGGGGGAGGGGAGGGACACCUGGGUGCCAGACCAAGACAAGCCUCUGUGUCCCAUCUGCCCAUGAUGUCCCUGGAGAUGGUCAUUUCUGCAGACAGCUUAACCUUGGCUUCCGGGACCAGUCGCCUCUCUACCCUGUAUUCCCUUUCAAGCCUGUUAUUCCCUUUCAAGCCUGUAGGGGUCCCUGUGCCUCCUAGCUGACUACUCAUGCAUUGCUUGAAGCUGACUCUUCACAUCAAGUUGAAACCAACCAAACCUGUUGCCAUAUCUCAUUCUUCCAGACAAGAUGCCUCCCUCUGGAGUUGCAGUUGAAUGACAGCCCUGUACCUUGUAGGAUAGACCAACUAAGUGUGGAUAUUUAAGUGAACAUGUUUACAAUUUUUGUACAUAUGCUUCUGUCCCUCUUCUGAAAGAACAAUCCGUGAUUGUGUAUUUUCAGUGUCCCCUGUUAUAACUGCAACUUCUUUACAAUAAAGAUUGUAAAUGCAUUGACCAUGA